AUGCUAGCAAUUCUUUCCUCGGCCUUCUUUUCUGGUAACUUUACAACUAGUUUUCCCAAAUACCAGUCAUUUAUUUGCUUAACACGAAGUGAUCCUGAAAGCAAAACCAAAACUCAGUGGGCUGGGCUUCAAUGGUUCCUAAGAAUUAGUUGUGAUUUGAAUGGCAAUGACGUCUUUUCUCCUGUGGAAUUAUUACCUGAUGGCUUUUCAUUAUCCAUCUUCCUGAUGCCCCUGGGCCAGCUAGAAGGAAUCCUGGCUUCAGUCUACUGGCUGUUGCAGUGGUCUAGGCUGCAACCUAGAGUUUUUGUUUUGUUUUCUUCUGGCUGUUUGUUUAGCUGUGGCUUCUAUGAAGGAAUCUGA